AUAUGCUCCGACAAGGAACAGAUGGUUUAGUCCGUGGUAGAUUUAAUAUACAGCUAACAGACACACAUUCAUCAAAAUUAUUUUGCAUUUUUCGACUUGCUCGUGUGACAGUUUCUAUCUAGUCUUUACUUUUGGUUAAUGGGAAAUUUUCUGUCCAAGAAACGGUGACUGCAGGUAGUUUCUUGUCAGUAAAGUCUAGCUAGCGUCAGGCUCACUGCACCUCCUCUCAGUCUGAAAAGCUAACGUUAGCUACCACCAGCAUCGACCCGAAGCCUUUCGGCAGCAUUUCCCAUCACUGGCAACCAGCAAUGCAGAAGACAUGACGAUAAAGCAGACAGCCUCGUCCUUCUGUCAGUGAACGUGUCUAACAGUUAUCUCCUGUGUGUUGAUCGUUCAUCUUGACGAAAUGAAUUUCUUGCGUAAUCGUCUUGUUGUUCUGGGCCUGGUGUUGUUGGCCACGUUACUGCUAUACCUGCUGCUGCCAUCCAUUCGCCAGGGCAGCAUGGAGCCGUCUCUUGAAGCUCAAAGAAUUGGGCUGAUGGCCACCCCCCCUCCUCCGCUUCCAACCAUCAACGUGUCUAUUCGCACCGGACAGCUACCAGGGGACCCUCCACUGUUCUUCAGAGAAGCUUUACCUGUUGAUGGAGCUGGACGACAGAUAUUGCCGAGGCUGCAAGUGGUUCUUCUUCAUGGCCAGGCCUUCACAUCCAAAACCUGGGAAGAACUCGGUACAAUGGCCCUGCUGGCAACUAAUGGAUAUCAGGCCUUAGCGAUGGACCUGCCAGGGUAUGGUAAAUCGCCGGACUCAGAUGCUCUGAAGACCGACCAGAAUCGGGUGGACCUCCUUUCAAGGUUCAUGGAGUCUUUGGGUGUCAGGGCAGCUGUGCUUUUGAGCCCCUCCAUGAGUGGACAUUAUUCCAUCCCCUUCCUCAUGAAGAACAGCGCUCAGCUACAUGGCUUCAUUCCCAUAGCACCAGUCGGGACCCGUAGUUACACUACACAGCAGUAUCAAACUAUUGAGACUCCCACUCUGAUUGUGUUUGGAGCCCUGGACACAAAUCUGGGUGCUCAGUCCCACAAGAACCUCAUACAACUUCCACAUCACUUUGUGUUAAAGUUAGAGGGAGCUCGCCAUGCCUGCUACAUGGACAAACCCAGAGAAUUUCACCAAGGAUUGAUCGACUUCCUAAGCAAACUGAAGUGAGACGUGUAGCGGAGGAAGAGGAGGUAGACAGAUUAGAAGAAGGAGGAACACAAGUCAUCUAUUCAGUGGUUUAAUGUGUUGACAAGUUUGCUAAAAAAGUUUUAAGAUCAGCAUUAUUCUCAUAUUAUCAUCACCCGAAGCAAAAAACAUUGGCAUGGGAGUAGAUUUUAAUACAUGAAAAAUGGCAUGUAAAAUCUCCUAACAAUGUGAUCGUUAACAAUACAGUAUUUCAGUUUCCAAAAUUAAAAAUUAUAGUUAUUUUUUCAGUUUUCCAUAGUGUCACCCAAACAUACCAGAGUAGUUCAGCUCAGCUUGUUGUAAAAAUAGCUUCAGACUUGUUUAGUGGUGAUUUUCGUUUCAUGUGUUUCAUGUCUCUCUUUGCAUGUAAAAACAUGGAAUGUGUUUGAUUCACUGUUGCCAUUUUUGUAGGUGACAUGUAGGUUACUGUAAAUAUGCAAAUGUAGCAGGUGCCUGUGUUUAAAUAGCUUAUGUUGGCUUCACAUUCGACAAACAUAUUUGUAUAUUAAGAUCUGGUAACCAUUACAGCUUCCAAGAAAACACAUGCUGUUCUCAACAAAAGCAAACAAAAUUGAUACACACUGUAAAAAAAAAAAUGUAUAAAAGAAUAUGGACCAUAUAAAAUGACAAACAAAUAGCUCACAUUUGUUUAUAUAAUGAAUAUAAAGUUAUAUAUAAUAUAUUUGCAAUAAGUUUGGACAAUCAUGCUAAAAACAAACUUAAAAUAUGAUAUAUGCACAGCUUAAAAUAAAAACAAAAAAUUGA